CAACGCAUGCGCACUUCAGAUCCGAAUCCUCUUUAUAAAAAAGGGAGAAGGCGAGGAAACCGCGGCGACAGACCCUGGGACGCGAGGCCCCCAGCGCCGCGGCCACCUGCUGGGAGCGGGGAGUGCAGAGCUAGCUAAGAGCUAGCUGGGCCCCCGGCGGGCAGACAGGCAGGCAGCGGUGCAGCGGCCGCGGGCGCCCCGGCUAGCCUACAGCCGGAACCUGAGCCUCGGCCGCUUUGUGCAGGGCUCCCUUGACUCGCUUUUCUCCCCUCUUCCCUUCCCCCGAUGCGGAGCCGCCUAUCCGCCCCGGCACCGCUCCGCCUCGUAGGCGCUGCGGGGAUGCACCGGCGCUAGGAGCGGGCGCCGCCGCCCCCUUGGCCCGCGGGCGGCCGGACCCACGGACGGCGCAGCAGGAGGAGCCCCAUACGCAGGUUCGGGAUGGGGAGCCCAUCUUUCUGGGCUGCCCGUGGCCUGCUGCUCCAGCUGUUACUGCUCUGGGCCUGGGGGCAGGGAGCCCAGGAUGGUGAAGAAGUGAUCCGAAUUCAGAAGGUGACCCAUGGCACUGUGCGGGCAGGAUUGGCGGAGCUGGUGGCCCUACCUUGCCUCUUUGUCCUCCGACACCCACAGGAGCCUGGCCCUCCACACGAUCCAGCUCGGGUCAAGUGGACCAAGGUUCGAGCUGCCUCAGGCCAGAGGAUAGAAGUACCAGUUCUGGUGGCCAAGGACAACGUGGUGAAGGUGGCCCGUGGCUGGCAGGGCCGGGUGACACUGCCCGGGUACCCCCAAAACCGUUCCAAUGCGACGCUCGUGCUUGGGCCCCUGCGGGCCAGUGAUGCUGGUCUCUACCGCUGUGAGGUCGUGACUGGCAUUGAGGAUGAACAAGACCUGCUGCCUCUGGAAGUAACUGGUGUUGUAUUUCACUAUCGGUCUUCCCUGGGCCGCUAUACCUUGAGUUUCCAGGCAGCUCGAGAAGCCUGCCGUCGCAAUUCUGCUGUCAUCGCUGCCCCCCGACACCUGCAGGCGGCCUUUGAGGAUGGCUAUGACAAUUGUGAUGCUGGCUGGCUGGCUGACCACAGUGUCCGGUAUCCCAUCACAUUGUCACGGCCUGGUUGUUAUGGAGACCGGAACAGCCUACCAGGGGUCCGUAGCUAUGGCCGACGAGAUCCUCAUGAGCACUAUGAUGUUUAUUGUUUUGCCCGGGAACUGAGAGGAGAAGUCUUCUAUGUCUCCCCACCCAGCCGACUCACGCUAUGGGGAGCUCGGGCUCAGUGCCAGAGCCAGGGAGCAGUUCUGGCCACUGUGGGUCACCUCUACUUGGCCUGGCAGGAGGGCCUGGACCAGUGCGACCCAGGCUGGCUGGCAGAUGGCAGUGUUCGUUAUCCCAUCCAGACCCCCCGGCGACGCUGUGGCGGGGAGGCUCCUGGGGUCCGGACUCUCUACAACUUCUCCAACCGCACUGGCUUCCCUGAGCCUUCAGUCAAAUUUGAUGCCUACUGCUAUCGAGCCCAUCACCCCACAUCACCACCCAGGUACCGAGAUAACCCAGCUGCUGAUGGGAAAGACCUCGAGGCUCUGUCUGCAGAGGACCUGCCCGUCACAGGCCAUGAGAACGUCUUGCCCCUGGACUCCCAGGAGCCUCUGGUGUUCAGCGGGGUCCCUGCUGAGGAACAGUCCCAGGACUCCUCCCUGCUUCUCAAUGAGGCUGGGUCUGGAAAGGCAGGGGGGACCCCAGUUCCAUUCCCUGCAACGCCUUCCUUGGUCAGCGCCAGGUCUCAGGAGCCAGAGCUGACCAGACAGGAUGAUCCAUGGAUGAAUAUGGUAGACAGAACACCUGUGCCUGAAGGUUUCCAAAUAGAGAGCACAGGAGCCCAACACUCAGCAGUAGAAAAGACAGAAGGUGUCACCCCAAACCCCAGAUUUGCAGAGGACCUUAAAGCCAAGGGGACUCUGGCAUCUGUCACUGAAAUGACUGUGGUGUCUGACGUCCAACCCGUGAGCAGCACUGCGGCGGCUCCAGUGGGCACCACAGCCAGGAGGAGGGGUCUGAAUGGACGGUACUUCCAGCAGCAGCUUCUGGAACAAGUGACCACCAGGAUGGGAUGGGGCCUCAGGACAGGCACAAGCCCCACCGCCCCAGGCACCAAGGAGGCUGGGAACCACGUGGAGUUGCCCCUGAUCACAGCCACUAGACCCAUGCUGGGCCCCCAGAGCACUCUGUCCAAUGAGGUGGACAGACCCCACUCCAGUUCUUCAGGAAUCCAGAGAGAGGGGGGCCAACAGAGUCCCAACUCUGGGCCAUCACCAACCCCCAAGAAAAAAGAUGAUGUUUUUCCUGAAAGUCAGGACAGUGUCUGGGACCCCGAACAGGGAACCUCAGGCCCCAACAAUGAUCCCAACUCCAGCAUGGAACCAGGACAUCAUGAGGAUUCUUCAGGGGAGGCCCAUGGUGAUAGGGAUCUGCCUGUCCUGGCCAUGCUCCGGGCCCCCAAAUCACCCUUAAUGUCUCUGUCCACACCAACCCUGGACACUUCUUCCCCUGUCAGUGUCAGAGAUGACGUGGGGCUGUCUCUGUCUGGUGGAACCACAGUUGCCCCAGAAAUACCCCACAGUCCUUUUUCCCCCUAUACUGACUGGCCAAUUGAGGGGAGAGACAUUCCAGAGGGGACUGAGAUUACACCAGAGAUAAAUGGGACAGAGCCACCUGCACCAAGCACAUUCUCCAGCCCCAGUCCUCAAGAUAAAGGAGAUGUAGAGGCUGAUUCUUGGUCCCUAACUCUAGGGUGGGACAGCAAGCAGCUGGAGCAAGGCCAAGAGAUUAGCCCAACUGAAUAUACUGGAUCCCCCACAACUGUGGGGCUAGGGACCCCCUUACCAAAUGGAGAAGACACUCCAUCCCCAAGUCCAGGAUCCAGCCUGUUGUUGCAUCAGAACUCAAGUGCCGAGGCUUGGGAGGAGUCUAAAGGAAUGGAGAAGUUUGAUUUCUACACGCCCAUUCCUUCUCCCACUCUAAUCCUAGGAAACCAGAGCCUGCAGCCCGGGUCUGACCCUGAAGAACUGGCCGGGACCGGUGAGACCAAGUCUAAGCUAGCAACUUCCUCACCCCAGCCAGCAUCUGAAGCUGGGCAAUCCCCUGGGCUGCCCUCCAGCACCACGGAUGCAGCCAGUACUGCCUCUCCCCCAGACAGCAGCCCCUUGGGAGAGGUCACCUUCUCGUCCUGGACACCAGGAGCCUCCACCCUGGCCAAGAACGACUGGGCCACCCCAGCCACCCCAGAGCCAGAGGGAGAGGACAUCUCCGGAGAGGAGCAGAAGGGGACUUCGUGGGAGACCUCCCAGACCCAGGUUCCCUUACUGCCCGACCUCCUGGAGGAAAGAGAGCCAACCAGAGAGACUGCCCUGCAAAUACCAAGGCACAGUCUUCAGGAACUGGAAAUUCCCGACCCCCAGGAGGGUGGGCCAAGCUCUGCUUUGGAUGCAGAGUCUCAGGCUCUCGGUGAGGCUGGGAGUGGAGAAGAGUCAUCGAUAUUAGGGGAAAUGGAAAGCGGAUCAUGGGCUGGGGAGAGCAACCGGAGCAGUGAGGAAGUUCCGGCUGAUCCUUGUGAGAACAACCCCUGUCUUCAUGGUGGAACGUGUCAAGCCAAUCAUACCAGCUAUGGCUGCAGUUGUGACCAGGGCUUCACGGGGGAGAAUUGUGAGAUUGAUAUUGAUGACUGCCUGUCAAGCCCUUGCCUAAACGGGGGUACUUGCAUUGAUGAAGUCAACUCCUUCAUUUGCCUGUGUCUGCCCAGCUAUGGCGGGAGCCUCUGUGACAAAGACACAGAAGGCUGCGACCACAGCUGGCACAAAUUCCAGGGACACUGUUAUCGAUACUUUGCCCACCGCCGAGCCUGGGAGGAUGCAGAGCGGGACUGCCGCCGCCGGGCUGGCCAUCUCACCAGCAUCCACUCCCCCGAAGAACACAGCUUUAUCAAUAGCUUUGGCCAUGAAAACACCUGGAUUGGAUUGAAUGACCGGAUUGUGGAGCAGGAUUUCCAGUGGACAGACAAUACAGCCCUGCAAUAUGAAAACUGGCGAGAGAAGCAGCCAGAUAACUUCUUUGCAGGUGGGGAGGACUGUGUGGUGAUGGUGGCCCAUGAGGGACCCCGGGCUUGUUCUCUGACCCAUUCUGACCGGGUGCUGGCCCCUGUGUCCUCAGUGCUAUGUGGCCCCCCUCCAGCGGUGGAGAACGCCUCGCCAGUCGGCCCUCGGAAGGCCAAGUACAGUAUCCACUCGAGUGUGCGCUACCAGUGUGACCAGGGCUUCACGCAGCACCACGUGGCCACCAUCAAGUGUCACAGCAAUGGAAAGUGGGACCGGCCCAAAAUUGUCUGCACCAAACCUCGUAGGUCACACCGCCUACGGCGCCAUCACCACCACCACCAGCAGCAUCACCACCAGCAUCAUCACCAUAAAUCCCACAAGGAACGGAGAAAACACAAGAAGCAUCCCAAGAUGGACUGGGAGAAGGAGGAGGAAGACAACUUCUGCUGAAGGGCUAAGGCAUAAGAAGCACAACCCCAAUUCCCACUCUGACAGAACCCUCGCUCUUUCCCAAUCUCCUUUGUAAAAAGCCCUCUCCAUCCCUGUUUCUCACUCCCACAAGGUUCUCCCAUGUAUUUGAAGCAUGGUCUGAUCUACAACAGACCUUUGGUGUAAUGUCCUAAUCAAAAGAAGAACAAUCAGAAAGGGUAUAUUAUGCUUUGGUUUAACCUUCUGUUCACAAGGCUGAUUGUUUAUUUGUAGUAAGGGAAUUUGGCACAUGAAAAUACAUUUGAAUUUACUUUCGAGAAUUUUUUUUCCCACUUUGGGAACCAAGAAUAGCUAACGCACUAUUGUGCCAGUGGCCUAGUCAGAGCUGAAACUUUACCUAAAAUGAUUAUUCUUGAGAAAAGAAGGAUGACAAAAAUGUGUACAUGACUUUGAUUGUUCUCCCUCAUCAUGGACAUUAACUGUUAGAUUUUUAUGACAUGACAGACACACAUCUACACACCUACAUGUGUGUGUAUCUUAUUUUGGUCUGAAUAUAAGAUUUAACAGUUUUUUAAUCACAACCUCUCAAUUCUUGUAGUAUACCACUAUCCAUAUCCAUACCCACUCAGUUACUCAAAAACGCUUAACCUUUAACUAGGAUGGGACGAUACUUUUAGAAUGUUAUGGGAGUGGGGUCAAUUUAUAGUCAGGGUUGACCUAUAUUCAGAGCAAUAUGACAGGUGAUGGAAGGAGGUUGGAUUAGAUGGACUUUAAAAUCCCUUCCAACUCUGAGAUUCUACAACUCGGAUACUAAAAUUCUGUGUGACAUGUAAAGAUUCCAUGAUUCUGAGAUUCUCUGAUUCUCAGACUCUGUGAUUGGCAGAAUCUAUUAUUCAUAUUAUCGAAGAAUCUUUGAUUCUAAGGUUCUGUGAUUCUGAGUUUUUAUGAUUCUAUGAUUCUAAGACUCUUUGCUUGGCAGGAUAACAGGAUGACUUGGACUGGCAAGGCUCUGGUUCCUUCAUACCUCUUGUCUUCAAGAUGCCAGACCUAGGGGAUCUGGACAGCUAGCCAGGCCUUGAAGCUCCUUGCCAGUCUGAGGAAGGGGCCAGUUUGUCUACACCUCUACCCCCAUUCCUCCAUAGCUCAGGCAUUAAUAGUCUCCCAGACUAUAUCUUCACCCUAAGCUCUUCCUUAUCUCCUCUCUAGCCAUUCCCCAUUCCCCACCCCACAACUCUCUCCAAUUUCCCCCUCCCACCUUGUGCCCAUUUCCAGCGGCUGGCUGGUUGAAUAGAAAUGCAUAAAACUCAAAGUAGCAACACCCACCUGUGAUCGUAUUGUAGAAAGGUUUGCAGUAUUAAAAAAAAAAAAAAAAAAAAAA